AUCUCACGUGCUCGCCGGUCAAUCAUCCAAUGAGUCUCUGCUGCGUCGUCGGACCCCCACAGCAACUGUCACUGUCACGAGGGCACAGAGAGUAGGUAAGAUGACUUCUCUUGUGCUUUGGCUGCAGCGGCUCUGGGUCGUUUUCGUCGUCGCGUGUCUAGGUGAGAAGGAUGCAGUUGUCGUGGAUAUUUAGCGAAAAUUUUGACGCAAGUCAUUUGGCGGUCUAAAGCACGCUAGCAGCUUUUCUUGAUUUAUUGGCGCGUCGACUUACUUGAUUCUCGUACUAACGUGUAUCGCCGGAACUCGCUAGACUGCAUGCAAAUCUGUGGUUUACGGCAUUUGAAUAUUUGCACUAUUCGCUGUUGCUUGGUGAGAGAGACAAGAAGUUCUUGUAUAUACCACGUAAAUUACGCCAAACUUAUUUCAAAGACGAGCUCUCUUUAGAUGCAUUGGCCGGCUUAUCCGCCAUUGAACAAUCACUUCGUCAUAUUUCUGUACGGUAUAAAUAGUUACGAAUCGAGUUUGUGGUAGUCCUCAAUGUAUCUGGACUGUGUCUAACUAUGAAGAUCUUGUUGUUCUAGCCGUCGACAAGUUGAAGGCAGGAGCUCGACAAAGUUUAUGUCCGAGAACACAAAAAUUUCGAGCAAGGCCUAGGCGACAUGCAGCAAGGCAACACCCUCUUUCAAUGGAGGAGACACCGGGGGAACACAAAAUGCCUUUAAACCGGUCCGACUUCGGAUUUCGAUCCAGGAAAUGGUUAGACCGUUUACGUUUCUACACGCGUCUAACAUUUUAAUUAAGAGCGGCCACUGUAUACGAGAUGUCUGUCUAGGCUAUUACAUGUAUCUCAAAGCAAAAGGAUCAAGUGGUCGCAUAGCUCGACUUGAGUCUCCGACCUUUAUGAGUUCGCCGUCGGGCGAUGGAUGUAAUAUUACGUUCGCCUACCACAUGUAUGGAGCUAGCAUGGGUACGCUUAAUGUGAGCGUCGUGGAGAGCGGCAGCGGCGCGGAAACGGUCAUCUGGAGUAGGUCUGGUAAUCAGGGCAACAGGUGGUACCGGAGUACUGUCGCUAUCCCGUCGACUCUGUCUGGGAAAUUCAAGUUUGUGUUUACUGGGAUGGUCGGUGUGUCGGUUACGUCCGAUAUGGCGAUAGAUACCAUCGAUUUUGGCAGUGAUUGUUGCAAACGUCUUCCAAUUUUUCUCGCUUCGCGAAAAUUCGAGCUACAAGAGUAAACGUGUCCGGAAACACGAGCGGGGUGCCAUGCCCAAACGAUGCGCCCAUGAACGGUUUAGCAAUUAAUUUUCUAGCAAGUGGCAUGACUGUAAAGUGUGCAGCAUGCAGCUGCAUGCAGCUGCAUGUUUCGUAACCAAAAGUCAGCAGCCAAGGAGUUAGCACUUUAGUGCUACUUCAUUGUGUAAUGAAUGUGCCAGCAAAUUAAGUGCAACAUACAUACAGAUUAAAGUGA